UUAUUCAUGUCUCAUAUGUGCACAACAUGAGCAAGCAUAUAAUACAAAUAUCUUAGAGUUCAGUGCACAUCCAUUCAUAAAAUUAAAUUACAUGAGACUAUAAAAAACAACAUAUCUCGACAUUGAAAGUAUGUAUCAGUUUAAAUAUUUGAACAGAAAUACACAACCUUUCAUAGUAUAAUGCAGACUCUUUGUAAUUAAUACAGAUAUUGUACGGACGAUACGUGUGGUCGGAAUAUAUGAAAAUGUUUACUUAUUCGUUAAGUGCAUAAACGAACAUUUGAAUUAAGUUUGCAUUGAUUUUAUAGAAUUAUAAAAGAACUUGAAACAGCCUAUACGGUGGUCGUACGAUGUCAUAAGUGGUGCUACGUAUAAACACUAGCAUAUUAAUUGUUGCUUUUUUCACGAAACAAUUUAGCUUUAAUUAAGAAUUUACCGCAUGACUUCCCAAUAAUUAAAGCUGAACCAAUCAAACGAAGUGUUAACUUAUAAGGGUGUGUUAAUACAGUUCAAGCAUGACAUAAGAUCAAACGUCUUGCUUUACACCAAAAUAACAACAGGACCAACAACAGGUGUGGAACGUUAUUUUUUCAAAGAUGCCGUCGUAUGGGAUUUUGUGUCUCAUUGCUGUGCUUUUUACAUUAUUCAGCUCUGCAGAAGCUGGAUUCUGUUCCGAAUCGUACAAAUGCAGCAGUCAGUGCUCAAGGAGUGAAAGGUACAAAACGAAGUGUGGAGCCUUCGGCUGGAGACGAUGUACUAGAUACAGGACGAUAUAUUACACGUGCUACAAGACUUGUUCACGCCAGGUUUGCUGCAAGGGAUAUCAAGGAUCAGACUGUAACACUCCCUUGUGCUAUGGGUCCACAUCGUGUUUGAACGGCAACCCGUGUACAGGGCCUGACAAAUGUAACUGCAAAACUGGCUACAAACUUCCAAAGUGUGAAGAUAUAAAUGAGUGUUCCUCAAACAAUGGCGGCUGCCAGCACGUGUGCAGAAACAACGUUGGGUCUUAUACAUGUUCCUGUAACAGUGGAUAUGUGUUAAAGACUGACCUCAAAACUUGUGAAGAUAAGAACGAGUGCUCUUCCAACAAUGGAGGAUGUGCUCACACGUGUACUAACAAGCCAGGGACACAUCAGUGCAGCUGCAGAGAUGGCUACACACUUGCCUCUGACGGACGUCAAUGCAACGAUAUCAACGAAUGUUCUGCGGGAACAUCUCAAUGUGGACAAGAUUGUACCAACGCAGUUGGCUCAUAUACGUGUUCCUGUAAGGCCGGGUACCAACUUGCUGCUGAUGGGAAGGCAUGUGACGACAUAGAUGAAUGCUUGCAAACACCGCCUCCCUGUGACCACCAAUGCCACAACACUCCCGGAUCGUACACCUGUGUUUGUGAAACCGGAUAUUAUUUAGACACUGUUUCACAAACUUGUAAAGACGUAGAUGAGUGUGACACAAACAGACAUGGUUGUGACCACGUCUGUAUUAACACGAUAGGGUCAUACCAAUGUAGCUGCCGACCCGGAUUUGUGAUGCACACCGGUGGAAAUACAUGUACUGACAUUGAUGAAUGUGCAGAAGGUACGUCUCAGUGUUCCCAGAAGUGUACCAACACAAUCGGCAGUUACACGUGCAGCUGUCAGAAUGGAUAUGUGCUUGGGCCAGAUAAUUUUAUUUGUAUCAAAAAAGACAACUGUUAUGGCAUCGUAUGUGAACAUAGAGGAGUUUGUAUUGACAACGUUGGCGGGUAUACCUGUUCCUGUGCUAAUGGUUACACAGGAAUGCAUUGCGAACUCGAUUUAAAUGAAUGUUCGGGAUUCUUAAAUGGCGGCUGCGAGGAUGAAUGUAUCAACACAGUGGGAUCAUUUGUUUGCAAAUGCAGCGGCAACAGCACCCUGAACGAGGACGGCUUAACUUGUUCAGGUUCAACUAGACCGAGCGUAUUCUCCAAGUAUGGGUUACUGCGACGGUUUCUACCACGAGGUUGCUCGACAAUUCUUCUAGCAAAAUGCGACGAGGGAACUGAUAUAAAAAUUCUACUCUCGUCAACAUCAAGUUGGUACAGCUUGAAAACUGAUCCUGGAAGAAUUUAUACUUAUGGUAUUGUAUUUGUUGAAGCAAACGCCAUAGCCCUUCCUGUGUCUGUAUCAGGCUUAGAAGUCGUCAAGAGAAUCGACGAUUUUAAAUUAAUUACCGGAUCGUUAACACAUGACGUCAACGAUGGCAUUCAAUAUGGGGAAGAAAGACUGCAAUAUUGCUGGACAUUCGAUACAACGCCACGAGAUGUUAGAGAUUUCCUGGUUUCAAAUUCCUUUUUAUCAUCAUUUUUUGGCAAUAUUGAGAGUUCCUUGCCUGACUGGCUACAGUUUAGUCCAAAUGGCAACGAAAUACUUGGUGUUAAUGAUUUGCAGACAGAGCUUAGUAGAGGUGACGAUAUUCAGAAUACAGAAUGCCAAGGGGCACCUUUAUAUUCUGAACGCCUUUACACUGUUCUGAAAUUUGGCAACAGUUUUGCUUUGUCUAUCUAUGGUCAGAAAGUUACGUUACCGACUCAAGUUAGUAACAAAAAGUUCUGCAUCAUUAUUGAUAUCUGCCAGGAUUAUGGAGGAUCUGUUUUUCUUAUCUUGCCUCAAAGAUCGAGGGACAUUCUGGACCGAUUUGACAUGUUCAGAAAGUUGAUCAACGAUUCUGGUGUUUAUAUCCGCCCGAUAGGAGUAGGGUUGUCUCUUCAGAAGCACAUAAACGUGCAUGCGAAGACAACACAUUUGCAACAAUGGAACGGAGAUGAAAUUAUUCAGUAUCCUGUGUUUCAAGAAGCCAAUAUAUGGAUUGGUGGCGAUGUCCGAAUGGACACAGACAUAUUUCGCAUAUCAGGAACGGCAAAUGCGUUUCUUUCCAUCCCGUCUCCAAAAAAUAUAUUGAAAAGUUUAUUUCUAGAGGAAUGGGGUUUUGUUGUGAGACUUCAAGCAGUUAGUGCUUUAGAAUUUACAUUCAAUACUCCAUUUGGAGACCAAACUAUUCGAGGGAGUGGAAGUGGUGAAGUUAACGCUCUUGCUUCACUUGGAGGAUCACAUGAGAGAAAUUUUUGCGGUCUUAAUGCAAAUCCUGCAGGAGUCUUCAUGUCGGUACUUUUUAACGCUGAAGCAUUUCUCGAUGCAUCACUUUUGCGUUUUAUCAGACCCGGGGUUAAUGUCAAAGCCUAUGUUUUUCUUGCCAGCGAUCCAAAGACUCCAGCGCACAAUCAAACACUAAUUGAUGUAGCAAAAGAAGUUCUUGAUUUAAAACACAUAAGUGAACGGUUUGUUAAUCUCUCAAGAGACGUUUUAGCUAGGUAUCAUACGUUAUUGUCGAACCAUUCAACCAUAUUACUUAAUACAGUAAUAACCACUGGUCAGAAUCUCAUAGCCAUUGCUGAAGACGUUAUACAAGAUAUUGGUAACUUAAAUAUACCAAAUCUGCAACAAGUUAUUCAACGCAUUACUGUCAUCUGGAAAGACGGAUGGAAACAAUUGCAAAACGACACUGAUGCAUUUUUAGACUCGAUACGAGAAAAUACACAAAUUGUCAAACAUAACAUAACACAGCUUAUCAAGGAAGAAACCAACGCAAUACGGAAGAGAGUUAAUAUAUUGAUCAGUAAUGUGACUGCUCAAGCUUCUAAAGUGUUAAAGGAAAUAAAUGGAGCUGGAUUUCGCUUUAAGGGCGAUCUUGAUAUUUCUGGUUUAAAGAUUAUAGGCCUAGAAAUUGAGCUUGUGUAUUCCAUAGACAGCCUGGGGGCAUGUAGCCGUUUUGAGCGUGCGUAUAGUGUUCUUAAGGGUGAAAGGGCUGCCAGAGUUUUGGCUGUUGUCUCUUCUGGACUAGUUAAGAUCGGACCAUUUCUUCGUAUUGACGCUGGCGUAGGCAUUGGACUUGCAAUAAGCGUAGACUCAAAUGGUAAAUUUGCUACUUUGAUACGAGUAGAAGCCAAAUUUCUCGGUAUAGGCGCUCAAACAGACCUGUUCAUAACAAAUCAAGGUUUAUAUAUUUACAUUGAAGGAAAAGUAUGGAAUACAUUUAAAGCACAACUGCAAAUAUCUGCAGAACUGGGAAAUGAAUGGUACAAAUUGUCAUAUGGUGUUAAAGGAAGUUUUGUUGCCGAUGCCGAUGGAGAUGGUAGUUUUGAUGACGGUUAUUUAGCGGCACUUCGUAGGUUUACAAAAAAUAUAGCUGAGGAUGCUAACAAAAGAAUCAGUAAAUUACAAGACGGUGUGACAAAGGCCCAGAGAGGGUUAACUUCAGCUCAGGACUGGCUUGAAGAUAAGAAGUCGAUUUUCCGUAAGGCAAAUUCGAAAUUCGAUGAUGCUGUACGUGCACUUGAUAAAGCCAAAGAUAAACUAGAAGAUGCAAAGAAACCAUUUCAAGACGCAUUAAAUAAACUUAAAAAUGCACAAAGAAAGGUUGACAGAUUAUGUAGGAUUAAAGACUGCAAGAAAAUCUGCGUUCCAGGAAUUAAGUGUAAAAUUUGUCACAAACGGGUCUGGGGAGUUCGAAUACCAUACCCAUGUUGUAAAUUUACGAGCUGCAUGAUUUCAUUACCUGAUCCAAUCUGCCUUGGUCUUAAUCUUCUAUGCAGAGCUGCCCGUGGCAUUGCCUAUUUGGCAUUAGAAGCAGCCAAGGUUUUCGUCCGCAUUCCAAUGUUAGCCUUGGAUGCUGCGAAAGUGGCCGUUUCGGCUGCCCAGUUCAUUGUGGAUAAAUCCAGGGUUGUUCUUGACAUAGCUAUAGCUGCACUUGAUUUGGCUAAAUUAGGAUUAGAGGCAACUAAAGGGAUACUGGAAGGAGCAAAGCUAGCUCUUGAGGCUGUCAAGCAGGUAGUGAAACUAGGAGUUGCUGCUCUAAACUUAAUCAUUAAAUACGGAUUAGAAAGUAUCAUUGAUGUGCGAAAUUGCGGAUUUGAAGUAAUACUUUCAUCACAUGAUAAGGCUGUUUUUGAUGUCCACUGUGAUGUUAACGCUUUUAAAACUGGGUUUAAAACAAUUAAAAUACGCAUCAAUUUCAAUGACAUAUUCCAUAGUCUGUGGUAUGCUGCCAAAGCAACAAUAUCAGCUAUUUUAGAUUCCAUCGGAGAUAUCUUUGGUCGAAAACGACGUGAGAUAGAAUAUAAUUCAAUAAAUUUAUUGUACAAGCAUUACAGAAAAACAAGGGAAACUCAUGUCAAUGCUACAGAAACACUUUACAAUGAAACCAUUGAUAUAAUCGCUGAUACACUUGACUUUACAACUAACCAAACGGACAACGAAUACGGUAUAAGGACAGAAAUAUUUCUGCAAAAUUGUAUAAAAUUUACAAACAUUCAUACUUUCCUAUUUGACACUAUUAAUGCCUUGCAUGACAUAGCAAACGAAACAGCCAGCACGAUAAUAAAUUCGACAUUUGUACAGGAUGAUAUUCUCUCAAAAGAUAGCCGUUCUCUAGCAAAUGCGUCGUUAGCGGACUUGGGAAUUGAUCUGAACGUAGCUGAAACUGAAUUCAAUAUCAGUCUUACCGAAUUGACAGAAGCCAUUGACAUCGCUAAAGCAAAUUUAUCUUCUGAUUUCUAUCUGUCUGAUGUGGAAAGAUUUUCUAAACAUGCGGCGUCAAUGCUUCAAAAUCAAACCGAUGAUGCCAAUUCCCUAGAAAUGGUCAAUUAUUGGGUCGUCGCCAUGGAAAAUGUUACCAGCGAAUAUUUCAAUGAAGACACGUGUGUCUCGUUUCUGGAUUGUGCACAUUACGCCGUUGCAUCCCUUUAUGAAAUUGUUUUACCACCAACCAACUUACCAUUCAAAAAUCAAAGCUUACAAAGUAUCUCCGCCUUUGAGGACAUCUUUCUCAUAUUGACUAAUAAUUAUUCCCUGAAAGUUCUGGAGGUAUACGAAAUGUCUCUAGGUCUUUUAAAUCAUCUACGUGCGAUUAAUGAGUCGAACGUCUUCUGCUCUACUCCACCUACCACCAUGAAUCCUCUUGAAAACCAAACAGUAGUAGUAGGACAGGCACUACACCUUAUUUGCAAUGUCACAGGAAGUCCUCCCCCGACCUUCAUUUGGUUUAAGGACAAUGAACAAAUCACCGAUUCGUCGACAAAUAUGAUAUGGACCAUCCGUAAUGUAUCUUAUUCGGACGAAGGAAGAUACCACUGUGUAGCAUCCAACUUGGUCACCAGCCUUAUCAUGCAGGAGGCGUACGUCAAUGUGACAGAAAUCGACGCCACUACAGAGACAGAUGACACAAUCGGUAUAACAACUGUACCUACAACCACUGAAGAAAAUGGAGCUAACUGUACAACAAAUAUGCAGUUGUUGUGUUCAAUAAAGUAUGCUUACGAACAGAUACUCAACAAACGUCAUUCUCCCUAGUACAUGACCCAAUAUCAAUUUGUGUAAAUAAUACGCACUGAGGCAUAGUAUGUAAUGAAAUAAUAUCGGCCCAAUAAUGUAUUUAGAACGCAUGCAUCAAGUUACGUGGGAUAUUUAGAAUAUUUGAAGUAGUGAAAUUGACCCCGAUACCAUCAGUGCAAAAACUUUAAGGAUACCAAGGACAACUAUUUUACCAAAAGUUUUUUAUGGCUGCGAACUUUGGAAUAGCUAUUCAAAACAGGAUAUCAAGAGAUUGGAAACAGCGCAUCAUUUAUGCUUGAAAGAUUUGAAGGAUUUCAAAGGAAUAUCUCCACCAGAUUUGUGUUAAUGACGGUUAAUAUGAUACCAUAGAAGUCGUUAUAGAAUAGAAAAAGCUUCAAUUAUUGUCUCAGUUUUGUAGACUACGUUAUCAAUAUUUAUAUAUGAACAUUUUCAUUAAUCGGCUUAUGCACUAUGAUAAACAAAUAAUGCGUUUCAUUCCGGAUAUUUACCGUUUGCUACAAAGUAUGUCUGAGUUGAAUAUUUAUCAAACUAUAUUGGUACUGGAAAGUUUCAAACAAAUGGAAAAUACUAUUGAAUCCCAAUGUAAAUCGCAUGAGCUACGAUGGAAGAAACAGUAAAAACCAAGUCGUUUGAAAUGGCACAUCUUAUAAUAGCUGUUCGGCACUAUGCAAACAUGUUUACAAAUUAAUACUUUAUGAAUAAGGACUGUGUGUUUCAAAUAAAUAUGUUACGAUAUGUAAACCCUGUCAAUUUUUUACUGAAAUAUGUGUAGUCGCCUGUCCAUGUUUUAUCAUGAGAAAGAAAAAAAUUGCCAUUUUCUGUGGAAUAUGAUUACGAUCAUUGUGGUCUCGGUACAUUUUUAGUCAAUUAUUACAAUGACUUGAUUCGAUCAAUGUGCACGCUUGUUUGCUAAACGAAUAGAAAAAAUAAUAUAUAUAUAUACAAUGGCAGUUUAGUUAAUUAUCCAACUGAAAUCACUGUUCUUAUAAUGUUGCACAGAAUUUAAUUGUUCUAUUUUUUUUUUGAAAAUUAUGUGUAGCUCUCCGCCAUGGUUUGAUUUAAAAAAAUUCUUUUGUUUAAAACUCACGUAAUGCUUAUAAAGUUAUUUGUAGAUUUUACUUUCUUUAUUGUAUGAUAAUAUACUGAUACUUCUAUUGUCAUACUCGCAGACUUUUUGAAUAAAAAGUACAGGCAUGGUUUAUAUUUUUACUGCCUAUAGUGUUGCAUAUGUGUGUAUAAACGUUUACCUUUUCAAUUUUGGAGUAAUAAAAUAAUCUAUCAAUCUA